CAAAGUUACCGCUUUCAUUUAUUUCAGCUCUCCGCAACACAAAUCGCAAAUGUACGCGUGUCCGGUAAAACUAGACAAAUUUCCUUAAACUGAACUAUAAAAGUAAAAUCCUUGAGGAUUCUUAAAAAACAUUCUCAAUUUGAGAAUAUUGGAAAAUGUUGGAUCGUUGCGAAAUGCCGAUUCAAAUAGACAACGAUAAGUUGCGGCGCGUUAGCGCCGUUGUCGAUCGCGACAAUCGUCUCUCAAAUUCACGCAUCGAUUUGCCAAAUGUAUGCAAUGGGGGCGUGGGUGGUGGUGGUGGUGUCGGUAGUAUUGCUGGUGGUGGCAAUGGUACAACGCGUGGCUCAUCGCGCUCCAGCCGUUGCCUAGAUGCACACAAUAAUCAUUUGAAUAGUCACAGCCAUAGUCAUCACAAUGGCCAUCAUCAGCGCAGCCCAACUAGUGGCAACAACAACAAUAACAGUAACAGCAACACUAAUACAAAUAACAAAAUUCAACAACAACAACAACAAACAAUUAAUGCCAGCAAACAAAACAACAGCAGCGGCAGCAACAACAACAACAACAACAACAACAAUAACAAUAAUAUUGGUUCACCAGUAUCAUCGACAACGAUCUCAUCGCAUGGCAACAGCUCGACAAGCGGCGGUGAGCGGGGCUCAUCGACCAAAUCGAAUAGCAGCAGCGGCAGUGGCAGCAGUGACAAUAUGAAAUGCAUUACACCGAUGACGCCGGCAGAGCUCGUUAAGAAGUACCGCAACUAUUUGACUGAUGUGGAAUUUGAAGAACUAAAAGUUUACAAAGAGAUUUGGUAUUUCGGACAAAAUGCCAGCAAAAAUUACAAUAAGACCACAACGAACGGAACUGCCAAUGCGGGCUUCGAUGAUGAUAAUGGAAAUUAUAAAAUUAUUGAACACGAUCACAUUGCCUUCCGCUAUGAGAUACUCGAAGUAAUCGGUAAGGGUAGCUUCGGUCAAGUUAUACGCGCCAUGGAUCACAAAACCAAUACAUACGUGGCCAUUAAGAUUAUACGCAAUAAGAGGCGUUUCCUCAAUCAGGCUGUGGUAGAAUUGAAUAUUUUGGAUGAAUUGCGCGAAAAGGAUGCCGAUGGAUCUCACAAUGUCAUACAUAUGCUGGAUUAUACAUAUUUCCGCAAGCAUUUAUGCAUUACAUUCGAGUUGUUGAGUCUCAAUCUCUAUGAAUUGAUCAAGAAGAAUAACUACAAUGGUUUCAGCAUGAGUUUGAUUCGACGUUUUUGUAACUCGAUCGUUAAAUGCUUGCGUCUGCUUUACAAAGAGAAUAUCAUACACUGUGAUCUCAAACCGGAAAAUAUUCUGCUUAAACAACGUGGCAGUAGUUCAAUAAAAGUCAUCGAUUUUGGCAGCUCUUGCUAUGUGAGUCGUAAAAUUUACACAUACAUACAAUCGAGAUUUUAUCGCUCACCAGAAGUGAUACUUGGACUGCAAUAUGGCACCGCCAUCGAUAUGUGGAGCUUAGGUUGCAUUCUCGCCGAGCUCUACACCGGCUUUCCGCUCUUCCCCGGCGAGAACGAAGUCGAGCAGUUGGCCUGCAUUAUGGAAGUGAUUGGCCUGCCACCGAAGGACCUCAUCGCCAACGCCACCCGACGCCGUUUGUUCUUCGAUUCACGUGGCGCACCACGUUGCACCACCAACUCCAAGGGUCGCAAGCGCUUGCCAGGCGGCAAGUCACUCUCACAGAUACUCUUCUGCCAAGAUCGUUAUUUCAUCAACUUCCUGCAACGCUGCCUUGAAUGGGAUCCAGCGGAGCGCAUGACACCCGAGGAGGCGGCACACCAUGAAUUCCUGCAGCUCUCCUCAUCCAAUCGUCACCGUAGCUGCCGCAUGUCCAACUCAUCAUCGACCGGCGGUCUCAACAACAGCUCUUCACAGAAAUCAUCCUGCUACAGUUUCACCGAAGUCUCGCCACCCACAAAUGCCACAAAUGCGAACACCGCCAAUAACGGUAGCGCUAGUGGCUGUGGCAAUGGUAACGGCAACGGCAACGGCAGCAGCAAUGGCGCCGUAGUCGCCUCCAUCACCAGCACUACAGCGGUCAGUAAUGCUGCCAUCACGACGACGACGAGCAAAGCUACCACCACCACACAAUCACGCGCCAACGGCGGGCUGGCGCAUCACGCACACCACGCCGCCUCCUCUGGUCAUCUGCCCGACAUCAAGCUCAGCGCCAGCGACAAGUACAGCAGCAUGCAGAAGGUUGCCGUACGCUCGAAGAUCACCUCGUCUGUGUCCGAUUUGGAUGCGGUGCCGCAAUAUGCGUUGCAUCGCAGCAUUUACGGCACAAAUGGGCUAACGCAUAGCGGCACCGCAGCGCGCAAGCAUCUCAUUACAAGCGGCACCAUUGCCACAACAUCAAGCAAAUAUGGCUUGGGCUUAGGUGGUAGCGGCGGCGGUGGCAGUGGCGUGCAUAAUCACCUCAUGCAUCAGAGCACAACACUGGGAAAUGUGGCGCACCACGGCGGCGGCGCUGGUGGUGUUGGUGGAGGUAAUAGUAAUGGUCACAGCGGCGGUGGCGGCGGGGGCAGCAGUGCCAGCAACAAUAUGUCACACUCACAAUCGACGGGCGACGUGUCAGCGAUCUUCGGAAGGGCUUGACUUCGCGCGCGUCCCACCAAACUUGAGCUCAAAAAAUGCAAACUAGUCAAUAUGGUGGAUUUUUGGAGCUAGAAGUGGAAGUAAGUGGAGUGGCGCGGAGCGGCGGUGGCUGCGGCGGCAUCGUCGACGGCGAGGGAAGGAGGAGGCGUGUGGCGUAGAAUUUAGAAUUUCAUAUGAAAGUGAAAGCAUUGGGAAGCAGAGCAUCGAGCAAGCCCGGCCGUUCUACUGUCUUUGAAGGUUACUCAUACGCCCGGGCUGUACCGCAGAGGAUCUUGGCGAAUGUGGCGCCACACAGCAGGCGGCAAACAUUGUGCUGCAUUAUAUAGAUUAUAAUUUUAACUGAAUAUGAAUAAAACAUAUAUCGAUUGUGUGUAUAUUGUAAGAGAAGUCACUUUUUGACUACCAUGCAAAGGUGGAGAGAGCAAGAAGAAAGGUUGGAAAUUUGAAAAUCAUUUUGAAAGAUGAAGUACAAAUACAUAAGUAAACAAAAAGGAAAAGAUUUAGAUAGCCACACCUUUUCAUAAAAGAACCUUUUCAUAAAAAAAUCAAAGUCAUGGGCUUAUAUUGUUUUAGUUCAAAAAAGAUUUCUUUAAACAAACUGUGCGAAAUUUUUUGAAAGCUGUGUGUUUAAAAAAAAAAAAAAUAAUAGAAAAAAAUUAUCUCUCAUUUCUUUUUUUA